AUGGGAUUUUGGGAGAAUAACAAAGAUUCGAUCACCUCAGGGCUGAAAAGCGCCGGUAAAUACGGCUAUCAAGGAACAAAGUAUGUUGCCAAGACUGGGUAUAAGGCAAGUAAGAAGCACUAUAACAACAGCAAAUCGCGUAGAGAAAAGAAGAAUGGUAAGAAAAAUACAAGCGACGAAGAGUAUGAAAGCGAAGAUGAGGAGGAGUACGAAAGAAAACCGACCAAUAUAAGAACUUUGAAAGACCCAAACUCUUUUCCUCCUCCACCUUUAAAACCAGAACAAAAAACAUAUUCAGGACAGCACUCCCAACAGCAAAUGCCAAAUGGACAGGCUGGCUAUGCUUUUCAAGGAGCGUACCAAGGUCAGCCUGGUGCCGAAUCGAUCGGACAGCAGCAAUAUGCACAGCAGCAAUAUAUGCAGUAUCCACAACAGCAACAGCAACAAGGUUUAAUGCCACAGCAGACGCCGAUAUAUGGAGAGCAAGUGCCACCAUAUGGGUCAAAUUCUAAUACGACUAGUUACCAGUCUCUGCCGCAACAAAAUCAGCCCCAAAAUGCGAUGCCAAGUCAAGUAUCUCUGAAUUCAGCCUCUCAGCAGAGCACAGGGUUCCCCUCGCAAAACCUACAAUAUGGUGCCCAACUAGGUUAUACGGCAUCUCCACUGCCUUCCCAGAACAACCUUCAAUCCCAACAACAGCCCCAGCAGCCCCAAUACGAAUCACAUGGCCCGCCCAAUCUCGGGCAAUCCCAAUUUCCAUCGGGCCCCCAACAGCAGCCUGCAACACAGUUUGGCCAACAAGUUUUACCAGCACCUGCACAACCGCAACAGCAACAACAAGGGCAACCAUUUCCACCCCCGCGCGGACAACCAAUUUUACCAACGCCCGGACAGUUCCUGUCAAAUGGCUCUGAUCAACAGCAACAGCAACAGCAGCAACCUCUAAACCAAAACUGCGCUCCAUUGCCGCAAUUGAACGUAGGAGGAGUUCAAGGAAUGGCUACGGGUCAGCCUCUAUACGGUCAACCUCUACCAAACGCAACGAACGUACAAGAUUCAAACGCUGGCUAUGGAGCCUCGCCCAUACAAGGUCAACCUCUAGUUGGUGGACAACCACCUGUACCUGCAAGGAUGCAGCCGCAGCCGCCGCAACCAAUGCAGGCAGGAAACAUUUAUCAAACUGAGCCUUCUUUCGAUUCUACUGGGUCAACCCCACAUUUUGAAGUCACUCCAUUUGACCCAGAUGCACCUGUCCCGAAGCCCAAAAUUGAUAUUCCUAUAGUAGAUGUUAAUAGCCUUCCCCCACCGCCCACUCAUAGAGAUAGAGGGGCAGUCAUAAAGCAGGAACCUGCGCCAAGCUCCGGAAAUUUGCCAGCCGCUAGUGGGAAAACACCAUCUAACGCGGUAUCUUCUUCGCCGGCUUCUUUGCCACUAAAGCAUUCAAGACCUAUUACUACGGAUAGUGAAUUGAACUCUGAAAACAGGGAAACCGAUGAGGAUACUGCCAAAUCUUCUAUUCUAGGACAUUAUGAUGUAGAUGUGAACCUGGUGCCUCCUCCAAAACCUUUCAGACGUGGGCCCGAUUCUGCAUCUUCUGGGCAUACUAGGAAAGCCGCACCAGAACAGAAAGUACCAUCUCUUCCUCCUCGGAACAAUGUUGAGCCUCCUCCUCCACCAUCACGAGGCAAGCCCGAAACGACAGAGUCGAUGCUGUCAACGAACUCAGCUAAAGCACAGGAAGAUCCCAUUUCUAAUUUUUUGCCUCCACCGAAGCCAUUUAGACAUACUGAAACCAAACAAAAUCAAGAUGCUGCACCAUCACUUGUAGAAAAGAAAAAUGACGUUUUGCCAGGGUCCCCCUCCAAAGAAGGUAAAAACAUUGAACCAUCGUCGCUACCUCAACCGAAAUCCCAAUCGCAAACUCAACCAAGAAGAGCGCAUAUGGAGACACAGCCUAUUGAAAACUUUCAGCCACCUCCAAAGCCAUUUAGGCGUUCACCAUCGUCCAAUUUUAAUGAUGAUUCUCACAAUAUCGAUGGAACUGAGGCGAAUCAUGGACGUGGCCGCGGCCGUAUAGCUAAGCAUGGUGAUGGUGAUCAAUAUGACUCCAAAAGUGGGAAUUCUACAGAAAAUGAUCGUUUGGAUCAUGAUGUAAAUGCCCCUAAUAGUUUUAUAGGAAAAAGAGCACCAACGCCUCCGGCCCCACCCAGAUCUGAGAAGUUACGUGGGGCUGCUAUAACAUCGGAAGUUGAAAGUUUGAAAGGCGCCAAUAACUAUAGAAAGUCGUCGCCUCCGCCAAGUUCACCUAUGCAGGCGCCACAGUCUACCAAGAAAGUGCCUCCACCUGUUGUGAAGCCAAAACCUAAAAACUUCUCUUUGAAGGCCAAUGAGCCUCCAAGAGAACUUACUAGAAAAACAACCACAGACUCACUGCAAAGAAGUGGACAAGGCGAAGCACUAGACUCCAUUACAAAUGAGUUGUCUCACUUCAAAUUAAGAAAAACAAACGUCAAUUUAGAAGAAUUAGGUGGUUCGAAAACAUUGAAGGACUCCAGUCCUAUUCCCUCAGAUCUAGAUGAGAAAUAUGUAUCUGCAUCAGGGUCUAUUACUCCUCCAAGGCCACCACCUUCCAGGUCAAGUGCAAAGAAAGUUCCACCUGUUGUCCCAAGAAAGAAUGAUAACUUGAAGAAAAAGCCACCAGUAGUCCCUAAGAAAAAACCAUUACUAAAAUCGCUUGAACCAAGACCCAUUGAAAUGGAAAGUGGUUAUUCGAGAGAUAAUUAUGAUGGUGACGAUAACUUGAAUCCUUUUGAAAGGUACAAACGAAAUGUUGUUCCUCAAGAAGAAGACAGACUGCAUAAAUAA